AUGGCUCGAUCGUCCCGCGCAUCGGCCUCUCCACGGCCUCCAUCCUCCGCACGUCCCCCUCGGCCUCCAUCCCGUCAAUCAAAGCGGGUGAUCACUCCAGUCAAGACGCAUGGGAACUACGUCCGGCCAAAUGACCAAGAUUGGACCGAUCCUAUCAUCGCCGGAUCCUACGACUACCCGAAAUGGUGA